GUUCGUUGUGGCUGCACAGUUAUUAAUGUACGAACUGUAGCUGCUUGUUUCAGUUUCAGGCCUAAAUCGGUGAAACACAAAAAUGAAGAACAACUUAACUCAGUUAUACUUACUAGGCAUUACUCUUGUCGUUUGCUGGGGUCGCAACGUACCAACAUCAAUCAGCGAGGCUAAAGCGAAAGUGAACUGCCCAAGCUUUUUGCAAGAUGAUCCACUAGUGCCUUGCUGGACUUUAGGCCCAAAUGCAAAAUGCUAUUGCUUUUCUAGGACCAAACGUCUUGAUUGGAGAAGAGCAAAUGAAUUUUGCAGAGGAGGAGGCACGACCUUGCUUAGUCUUGAAACUUAUGAGGAAGACAUGUUGAUCUCGAAACACAUCAAAGGAACCAGUUCGCCAGAAUUGUUAAACGACUACUAUUGGACUUCGGGAAGAUAUUCUCAAGAAGGAAACAAAAGGUGGGAAUGGGCCGCUAUUGAACCUUUCCAACCAAUGACAUACACCAAUUGGUAUCCCGGGUCACCUUCCAACAACGCACCUGGAAGCUAUGCCUACGUCAACUAUCUCUUCGACAACGGAGUUUGGUUCGACAUGACAAACACCACAUCUAUCUUAUUCAUAUGCGAAUCAAUCGAUGGUUCGAUGACAACCACUGAAAGAAUAACCACUGAUGGUACAACUGAAGCAACCACCACUGAAAGUAUAACUACUGACGGUCCAACUACUGACAGUCCAACCACUGACAGUCCAACUACUGACAGUCCAACAACUAACAGUCCAACAACUGACAGUCCAACAACUGACAGUCCAACAACUGACAGUCCCACAACUGAAAGUCCAACUACUGAAAGUCCAACAACUGACAGUCCAACAACUGACAGUCCAACAACUGACAGUCCCACAACUGCAAUAGUAUGGUCAAAUUAAGCCAAAUAAGGGGGUCUACCCAAAACAAAUUGUUAAUAGCGAUUUUUUUAAUGAGCAUUAUUAAUACCAAUGUUUUCUUACUCUGUGUAAAACCCGCCCAAGAAAAAAUAAAGUGAUCAUAUAAAAAAAUGUGUUUAAAAAUUAA